AUGUGCUCCAACUACCUAGAACUCAUCAUUAAGAUGAAGUUGCUGGUCCUGUUCGCAGCCUUUUGUCUUGGCGUCGCACUUGCAAAGGAUGAUUUAAAAAAGAAGGCGGAUGGAAAAACUAAAUCAAAAAACGAUAAUUUGAACAUUAAUACCAUCAAUAUUGGCAAUGAAAAGUUGGGUGAAAAAGUAACACAUCCCCCGCCACCGAAAGGGGCAGAAGAAAAUGUGUCCGCUCGUCCUGAAAAAGGAAAACCUGAAGUAUCGUUUGAAGUCCGUCCACCAGUCCGACCUAUAGUGCGACCUCCUGGUGGAGUAUCCCAAGAAUCCAUGGGAAACCGUCCACCAGUUCGACUUAUAGUGCGACCUCCUGGUGGAUUAUCCAAAGAGUCUGGAGAAAUUGGCCCAGCAAUUCGACCUAUAGUUCGACCUAUUGAUGCAGUAUCUCAAGAGUCCAUAGGAAUCCGUCCACCACAUCGACCUAUAAAGCGACCGCCUGGUGUAGUAUCCCAAGAAUCUGGAGAAAUCGGUCCACCAAUUCGACCUAUAGGUCGACCUAAAGUUCGACCUAUAGUUAGACCUAGUGGUGCAGUGUCUCAAGAGUCCAUGGGAAUCCGUCCACCACAUCGACCUAUAAAGCGACCACCUGGUGUAGUAUUUCAAGAAUCUGGAGAAAUCGGUCCAGCAAUUCGACCUAUAGUUCGACCACCAUAUCGACCGCCUGGUGGAGGAUUCCAAGAAUCUGGAGAAAUCCAUCCACCGUUUCGACCUCCAAAGCGACCUAUUCGAUAUCCACCAUAUCGUCCUCCUGGUAGUACAGCAGGAGAAUCCGGUGAAAGUCUUUCGCCCAUUCGACCUAUUAUUCAUCCUCCUAUUGGUGGGGUAUCUGGAGAAGGAUCCGCUGAGCUCAUAAAUCGUCCGCCAUUUGGAUUCCGGCCACCUAUUGGAGGAUCUGGAGAAAUUAUAGGACGUCCGCCAAUUGGAUCAUCGGGAGAAGUGCAAGAUUUUGGCAAAGGAUACGUUUAUAUGCCUUAUCGAUAUUAUCGACAUGUAAUAAUUGGCCCGGAUGGCAGAAUUGUUAAAGUAUUGAAUCCACCCAUUGGAGGAUUCGGUCAUCCAUCUGGUGGCGUUAAGGCAUUGACGGCUCUUAGUGCCUCCAACCCCUGCACCACAGGGUUGGAAUAA